AUGGAUCAAGCACUGCAGACCGCACUCAGCACCGGCCUAUCCUCGGUCUCUGGGUUCCAUUCCAACAAGCCAAAGGAAGUCGAUCCAAAGUUGGCUGGCAAAAAUGUUCUGCCUCAAAGCUUCUGUCCAACUGCCAAAGACCGCCUGUCAUUCCCGCCAGUCAAAGCCUCUUAUCUUUCCAUUGGCGGCUGGCCGUGGGCAGACAAGCCGACAUGGCAUUAUGACGAGAGCGAGUGGAUCAAAAUCCAGGAGGCAUGGCAGAUCCUCUACGACGCGGGCAUCAACUUCAUCGACACCGCGGAGGCGUACGGAAACAACGAAAGUGAGAAGAUCGUCGGCGAUCUUGUGCAAAGUCUUCCUCGCGAUAACUUCGUGGUGCAGACGAAGUUUUUCGGCACGCCCAUGAAAGCGGAGAACUUCAUCCACCCCGUCGACGCACCCGUGACGAGCUUGAAGGCCAGCUUGGAGCGCCUGCGCCUCGAUUUUGUCGACAUUUACCUAGUCCAUGGUCCUAUACAUCCUCAGAGCUUCUCGAACAUUGCUGAAGGAAUGGCCAAGUGCGUGAAGGAAGGUCUCACCCGAGCUGUGGGCGUUGCAAACUACGACAGUGAAGAUGUCUUCAAAAUCCGAGACGAGCUAAAGAAGAACAACGUGCCUUUGGCUACGAACCAGUGCGAAUUCAGCAUCCUUCGUCGUUACCCCGAGAUCACUGGUAGCAUUAGAAAUUGCCAGGCGAGCGACAUCAUUUUCCAAUCGUACUCUUCCCUCGGGCAAGGGCGCUUGUCUGGGAAAUACACACCUGAGAACCCACCGCCUAAGGAGUACCGCUUCAGCAGUUACGAUAUGAAGGAUAUUGAGCCGACCAUCGCCACCUUACGAGAGAUCGCAGAGAAGCGAGGAAAGAGCCCAGCUUCUGUUGCUCUCAACUACAACAUCGGCAAAGGCGCUGUUCCGGUCGUCGGCAUCCGUAGAGCUGAGCAGGCAAGAGAGGCUAUUGAAGCGCUUGGUUGGAGAUUGAGCGAGGAGGAGGUAAUCGCUAUUGAUAAGGUCAGCGUCGAAGGCCAGACCACGUCACUCUGGCAGCAGGGGUAA